AUGCAGAGGAAGGAUGCAGGUCCAGGGUUACAGAACGGAGCCCAGAUCCUGCAGGACGAGGAGAGCGAAGUGUACGACUUGGAGCGUCCCAUGGAGGAUGCAGGGAAGUUCAUCGACACAAAGGGAGCAGGACUGUCCCUCUUCAGCCCUGGGUGGCUGACGCAGCUAGGCCGGCUCUGGGGCGGCUCCUCUGAUACACCGGUUGCGGCGGCAAAGCCAGCAGACAUCCAGGACCUGCUCGGUGGCGCACUGUUUCGUGCCCUCUACAAGUGGAUGGAGGAGAGUGGGCCAGUGUACCUGCUGCCGACAGGCCCUGCCUCCAGCUUCCUGGUGAUCUCCGACCCGCAAGCCGCCAAGCACGUCCUGCGGGCCACGGACAACCCGGCCCGCCCCCUGUACGAGAAGGGCCUGGUGGCGGAGGUCUCCCGCUUCCUCUUCGGCGACGGGUUUGCCAUCUCUGGCGGCGACGCCUGGCGCGUGCGGCGCCGUGCCGUCAGCCCCUCCCUACACAAGGCCUACCUGUCGGCCAUGCUGGACGCGGUGUUCGGCCCCUCCGCGCAGCACAUGACGCAGAAGCUGGAGGAGGCGGCGCGCACCGGCGCCUUCCUGGACAUGGAGGCCUGCUUCUCCCAGCUCACCCUGGACGUCAUCGGCAAGGCGGUGUUCAACUACGACUUCGAGGCGCUGACGCGCAGCUCCCCCCUCAUCCAGGCCGUGUACACGAGCCUGAAGGAGACGGAGUCGCGUGCCACCGACCUGGUCCCCAUCUGGAAGCUGCCGCUGGCGGGCCUCGUGGUGCCCCGCCAGCGCCGCGCGGCGGCCGCCGUGAAGCUGAUCCGGGACACCACGGAGCGGCUGAUCGCGCAGUGCAAGCGCAUCGUGGACGAGGAGGAGGCGCGGGGGCUGGAGACGGGGGGGGAGGAGGGGCUGCUGCCCGUCAAGGGCGACCCCUCCGUCCUGCGCUUCCUCAUCGCCUCGCGCGAGGAGGUCACCAGCACCCAGCUGAGGGACGACCUGCUGAGCAUGCUGGUGGCCGGCCACGAGACGACGGGCUCGGCGCUGACGUGGACGCUGCACCUGCUGGUCCAGAACCCAGACACGCUGGCCAGGGCCCAGGAGGAGAUCGACCGGGUGCUGGGGGCCUCGCCCCACCCAGACCUCGCGCAGUACCAGCAGCUGCGGUACCUGCAGCGCUGCGUCGCGGAGAGCAUGCGGCUCUACCCCCACCCGCCGGUGCUGCUGAGGAGGGCCCUCGUCCCGGAUGAGCUCCCAGGCACGUGGUUGGCAGGGGAGUGCGGCUACAAGGUGCCCAAGGGGCAGGAUGUCAUGAUCUCGGUGUACAACAUCCACCACUCCCCCGCCGUCUGGGACGAGCCAGAGGCCUUCCGCCCCGACCGAUUCCCCCUGGACGCGCCGCCGCCCACGGAGCAGAACACAGACUACCGAUACAUUCCCUUCAGCGGCGGGCCGCGAAAAUGCGUGGGCGACCAGUUUGCGAUGAUGGAGGCGGUGAGCGCGCUGGCGGUGGUGCUCCGGCGCUUCACUUUCUACCCCAAGCCCGGGCACGAGGUGGGGAUGACCACCGGCGCCACCAUCCAUACCCAGAACGGACUCUACAUGGGCGUGGGCCUGCGCCAGGGAUGA